GAAUAUACAGUUUGUGGUUUUAGGUUUCGCGACUUCCAAAACAAGAAAUAAAUAAAAUAAAAUAAAAGAAUCUGGCCUAAUGGCAGACUCCCGCCUUACGGGCGCCUACAACUACAAGACUUUACUAUGCACCGACAUACCUGAACUGUUCCUUGACAAACAUGUUGCGCGCUCGCAUUUUGGACGCUUUGGAACCCUCAUGAACUUUGUGUUGCGUCCGCGACGGAUGACCUGCACGGUGAGCUAUGCCACCGAGGCGGAGGCGGAACGGGCGCUGAUCGAGGGCGGCGUAUACAACGGCCAUCAGUUCCACAUGUCGUAUGCGGAGAGAGAGUCGGCUCCGGCCCAGAAGACCGAGGAAUGGGUAGAUCCCGAUGUGCAGGCGGAGCUCAGUGCCCUGACGGCGGGCUGGCGGAGCGAGUAUCCGACGCAACAGAGUAAGCACUCAGGGAAAUCGAGCUCUGGUCUCGCCCAAGCUCCACAAGCUUCCACCGGCGCCCCCGCCACCGCUAGCAAUCCCUCCAGGCAUAAUCCUUCUCUAGCUUCGGGUAGAGAACGUCCGAGUGCCCAAUUCAAGGAGCUGGAGGCGGUGAUGAGUCGGCCAGCGCAUACAAGUGAGGAAAAGUACCGAGUGCUCGAUGCACGCGACAAGCUGCUGCGUUUGAAGCGUAAUCAGAAGCAACAGCUGCACGUUCAGAGCUCGGUGGGAGCAACGCAGGGCCACUGUCCGGACAUGUGCCCGGAGAAGGAGCGACUGCUGCGCGAAUUUCAGCGCCAGGUGGCCGUUUAUGAGCUGCAACCGGGCUCCGAUGAUCGUAUUUGCCACGAGAGAGCACUGAAGCAGUAUUCACGAAGCAGUGCCGACCAGGAGACGCCGCUGCCCCACGAGCUGCGCACGGAAGCAGCUCUGCACAUGACCAUGGCUUACCUGAUGCACGAGAUAAUGGAUAACAGUCACAAUUUGGGCGAUUGGUUUCACUUUGUCUGGGACCGCACACGCUCGAUCCGGAAAGAGAUCACCCAGCAGGAACUGUGCUCUCUGGGUGCCGUCAAAUUGGUGGAGCAAUGCGCCCGCUUUCACAUCCACUGUGCCGCCCGACUAGUCGCCGAGGAUCCGAGUGUUUUCGACUCCAAGAUCAAUGCCGAGAAUCUAACGAAAUGCCUGCAAACACUGAAGUACAUGUACCACGACCUCAGGCUGAAGGGCGUCCAGUGUCCAUGUGAAGCGGAGUUCCGUGGAUACAUUAUUCUACUUAAUCUGGGAGAUGCCAACUUUCUGUGGGACAUUGGUCAACUGCCCGCCGACGUGCAGGGAUGCCCGGAAGUGUGCCAGGCCAUAGAGUACUAUCUGGCUCUCCAGGACACAAACUUUGUUCGAUUCUUUCAGUUAGUUCGCGCCGAGGAGACUAGCUAUCUGAGCGCCUGCAUCCUGAUCACGUACUUCACACGCUUGCGUGUUCUGGCCCUGCAUCGCCUUAUCCAGUCCUACAGGGCGCCGAGAAAGAACGAAGUGUCCUCGCUGCCACUACCGUAUGUCUCCGAAAUGCUGUGCUUUGGCAGCGAUCAGGUGUCGGCCGCGCAUUUCGUUGAGCACUACGGUUUGGAGGUGAAUGAGUCGGGUCGAGUGGCCUUGACCAGAAUGCAUACGACGGAGGCGGACUACAAGCUGCCACGACAGCUAGAGCUUGUGGAAUCCAAAAGGCGGCAGACCGUCGGCGAGUGCAUCUGCGGAGAGCCAUUGCCGCCGCGCUCCCUAUACCUAGGCCAUCGUCCGCAUAAUAGCUUUAACGAGCAUUCCGUGCUCAAAAGCAUCGCCUGGUCUGCCAAAGAUCAGCUGCCUGAAGUACAGCAACAGCAGCAGCAUCAUCAAGAGGAGCAACAGCAUCAGCAAGAGCUACAUCAGAAUCAGCAGCAGCAACGUCAGCAACAGCUAGCAGAGUUACAGCGGCCACAGGCUCAGAACGAUAACUUCUUUAAAGUACCAAUGCAGCCUGGUGGAACGAGCGCUGCAAAUUUUACUUUCGCCCUGCCCAAGCCGCGUGGCCAGGAACUGCUUCAGCUGGCGGUGGAGCAGCAGCAAAUGCAGCGGGACCAGGAAGCCAAGCAUCAGGCGCUACAGCAGGCUAUUGCCGUGGCCAAGAAGCGGGAGGCCGAACUGAUGGCCAUCCACGAGGCCAAGGUGGCCGAGGCUGAGCGAGUGCGAGAGGAAAAGUUAAAGAAACGCCUGGAGGCCGAGGCUGAGCGGAUGCGAGAGGAAAAGCUAAAGAAGGAGGAGGCCGAGCGGCAGCGUCAGCAGCAGGAAAAAGAGCUCAAAAGGCAACGACGUCAAUGGGAAAGGGAGCGUCAAGAGAAGCUAAAGGAAGAACGCCUGCGGAAGCAGCAGGAAAGAGAGACGCGCCUAGAGCAACAGAGCUUGGACUCUUAUCAGACGUUAUUUCCUGAAAUACUGGCCGAAAUCUGCAGGCAGGAGUUGCAGCUGCAUAACGAAGCUUGUCGCACCAUUGACUCCAUGGUGGAAGAAAUCGUUCGCAAAGUGGCGAAGGAGGAGAUGCAGAAAUCACUUUACGAACUAGGUAUCCAGCGGAAGUUCUGGCAGCGAUGGCGCAAUUACCGCCGCGUGCAGCAGCAGAAGGACACACUGUUUAAUCAGCUGCCAUUGAGCUUUGCUGCGGACAGGCCCGAGCUCCUGAUGAAUGAGCGCUCCGUGGCUGACUCGCUGCGAAUGAUCAGGCGCUAUAGGCAAGGUCUUGCUUGCGAUUAUGGCAGCCUGCUAGCCGGUCGUGAGCAGCACAGCUGGCUGAAGCUAGACCUGUGGCGGGUGCUGAACGAGUGUCUGCCGCAGACGCCGCCGGGUGCCACGCGCUUCUACAAGCUCCUCCUGCUUAGUAAUCCAAGCCACCCUAAUGGCCAACACUUGGACUAUGACUUGGACAUGGGACUGCUGCAGCAACCGCUUUCGCAGGAGGCCUGCGUCAAGCCCGAGCAGGGCAUCUAUAUCAGGGCACUGCAUCAGGGUGUAGCCUUGAGUGUUGUCAAAGUAAAUGCUGAUUUCCAUGAUGUGCGAACCGUGAAAUUUGCGGAGCAAGCGGACAGCAUUAUUUGCCUAGCCGGAGUCACAGAACUUAGCCAUAUAUUGCCGCAUCUUGGGCAGCUAAUCCGCAAGAGCCAAUGUCCCGACGUGGCCUUCAUUCUCCAGCAUUCCGGCCAGGAGUGGCAGGAGCCUCAGUUGCCGCUCAAGGACUUGGGUGUCCGCCAAGCGAGGAUCUUCCCAUUGCGUCAAGGGCCGUGCAGUAGAGAGCACUUGAUGAAGAAAUUUGAGGCCUCUGUUCGGUUCUUGGCCAAAGCCAGUGUCUCGCGGAAAAGUUUAGCGACCCAGCAGCUCCAUCAGUCGGAGACGCGAGAGUUCCUCAUUGCCCACCUCGGACAGGAGCUCUUUUCCCGCCUGAAGGACGCCGCCAAGCAAGAUCGAGCCGUACGAAGGAGAUGCCAGAGGGGACCACAGUAUUGUGUGGAAUUGUAUAACGAGGCGGUGCGUCGCCUGCAGUUAGUGGUUGGCGAGGAUCUUGACGACUGUCCCCGCUUUCCCGAUGACCUGCGCGUCUUUGUGGAUCCAGGCACAAUGCGUGGCCUGUCCACCGAUCGACAGGAGUUCUUCGAGCCAGGAUGGCACGAUCCAAGUCGACGUCAACGGAUCGUACAGUUGCUGGAACUCAGUAAGCUGCCCAAGAUGCCACCACUGCCGCCGAUGAACCUGGUGGAGAAUUAUUGCCAGUGGGUACUGGACUAUGUCCAGCUCAGUCAGCAAGAGGACCUGGUCGAAUCCAUUGCCGUGCAGGCUACCAAUUUAUUGGAGGAAGAGGAGGCCAGCAACGAGGUUGGAUACUUUGACUUUGUUGCAUUGCUGGCAAACGAAAGACUUCAGUAUAUUUUACAUCGGGAGCUGGAAUUGCCCAACGGCAUAAUCUUCAGAGUUAACACACUAAAGAACUCCUUCCUCAGUGGCUGGUAUUACGACUUCCAGGCGCAUCUAGAAGAAGAUCUGCAGGCGUAUGAGCAACAUGAUGGCGAUGGAGAUCUGGAUAAGUCCACAGAUGAGCAGGAACAAAUGGAGCAGGAACUGGAGGGUCCCAAUGAUAAGCUGGACUUUCAGAAGAUUAUGGAACAAGCGGAAGCACUCUUGAAGAAACGAUACAAACGUCAAGCCCUCCGGGAUGUGACCGGACCGUCGACAUCAAAGCAGAAUACAAACGAUUCCCCUUGUAAAAGAGCCGCGGGACAUAAAAAGAAGCGCCAGCGGCUAAGCUGAUUGUAUAUCGAUUAUCAAUUGUCAUGAUUAGGUUAAUAGAUGUGAAAAAGAGCGAGACAGCAUAGUCUUCAGAAAAUUAUUUUGUUUUAAAAUUGUCCUAAAUUGUAAAAUUUUUUUUAAUAAAAUCUUUGUCAAUCCGUAAAAAUGCUGUGCUCUUUGUUCUACAGGUUCUUUCCAUAUUUACAAAUUAUGUGUUUUUACAAAGAAAACAAGAAAGGAAAUUAACUUCGGGAUGCCGAAGUUUAUAUACCCUUGCUGUUUGCAAUUUGAGUUAUAGGAUCAAGUCAAAAAUCACUCAUAACUAAGC